AUGUCUAGCAUCAUUCACAAAGUCAAGGACGCGGUCACUCACAAGAAGUCUGGUGAUCACACCGACCACCACGAUACCACCACCGAGUCCAACCAGUCCACCAACCACGGCCCCCACGACAGCAACGUCGCUAACACCGCGGAUCCCCGCGUGGACAGCGACCGUUCUGCCCACAACACUACCUCUACUGGCCACACCUCCGAGCCUUUCAGCACCGGUGCUAGCCAUGAAUCAGGCCUUUCCUCAAACCACGGCCCCCAUGACAGCAACGUAGCCAACGCUGCUGACCCUCGUGUCGACAGCGAUCGCUCUGCCCACAACACUACCUCUACUGGCCACUCCGGACCUCUCGGCACCGGCUCCAGCACUAAUGCCUAUGAGUCCGGCCGUUCUUCCAACCACGGUCCUCAAGAUUCCAACAUCGCCAACACUGCCGAUCCCCGGGUCGACAGUGAUCGCUCGGCAUACAACACCACUUCCACUGGCCACUCUUCCAGUGGAGGUCUGGGAAGCGGUGCCGGCAUCGGUGCUGGUGCUGGUGCUUACGAGUCUGGUCGCUCCUCCAACCACGGCCCCCAUGACAGCAACAUCGCUAACACUGCCGACCCUCGAGUCGACAGUGACCGCUCGGCAUACAACACCACUUCCACUGGACACUCUUCCACUGGAGGUCUAGGAAGCGGUGCCGGCAUUGGCUCUGGCGCUGGCGCUUACGAGUCUAGCCGCUCUUCCAACCACGGCCCUCACGAUUCCAACAUCGCUAACACUGCCGACCCUCGAGUCGAUAGUGAUCGCUCUGCAUACAACACUUCCACUGGUCAUCCUUCCACUGGCCACUCUUCCAUUGGCCACUCUUCUACUGGUCACUCCACUGGUCACUCUACUGGCGCUCUCGGCGCUGGUGCAGGCCUUGGUGCUGCCGCUGGUGCCGCUGGUGCUUACGGGGCUAGCCACUCUUCCAACCACGGCCCUCAUGACAGCAACAUUGCCAACACUGCCGAUCCUCGCGUCGACAGUGACCGUAGCUCUUACGGAACUGGCUCUACCGGCCUGAACACCGGCUCUCACACUGGCUCCACCGGUCUGGCUGGAUCGCACACCGGUUCCACUGGAUAUGGUUCCAACCCUCUCUCUAGCACCCACGACUCCAGCCGUUCCUCCAACUACGGCCCCCACGACAGCAACAUUGGCAACAGCGUCGACCCCCGCGUUGACAGCGACCUCAGCAGCCGCACAGGCUCCACCGGCACCGGCCUGAACACUGGAUCCCACACCGGCUCCCACACCGGUGCCAGCUACGGCUCCGCCGCCCCUCUGACCGGCGCCGGAAACAGCGCCAAUGCCCAGGAGUCCGCUCGAUCCACCAACCACGGUCCCCACGACAGCAACAUUGCCAACGCCGCCGACCCCCGUGUCGACAGCGACCGCAGCAAGGGCUACGACUUCAACAAUGAUGUCCGCAAGGGCAGUCUUGCCGGCCAAGCUGAGAUGAUGCACUUGUCUGACAGCAGCAAUGCCCCCAACACUACCACCAGGACUUUCGAGGAAGCCCACGAGACUGGUGCUGCUGGUACUGCUGCCGCUGGCCAUGGUGCUGGCAGCAGCUACAACCACGGCCGCACUAGCCACUCUACUGCGGGUCCUCAUGAUAGCAACAUUGCCAACAAGGUUGACCCCCGUGUGGACUCUGACCUUGAUGGAUCUAAGACUGUCGGUAACACCCACCAGCAGCGCAUUUAA